AAAAAUAAUAAUAACAAAUAUAGAAAAAAAACAAAUUGAAAAAAAAUAUCUCAACAGGGGACUCAGUUUUUCACAGUGUUUGAUCCGAGGACUAACGAUGUCCGGCUACUUUUUUUACACCUUGUUUUAUAUAUUAAUGACAGGAUGUAUUAUUUAUCCACCCACCGAGUUCGUGUCAGCUGGCCUAACCAUAACAGAUCUUUUUUCACCUUGGUUAGAGAGCGAGGACGAAUUUUUCAUACAAUAUCACUUAAAACGAAGUAUUGUUACUCUCUUCGUACACUCGAUGCUUCCUUUUGGAUAUAGCCUGGGAUUGGUAUUCUUAGGCCAUGUAGAUGCUGCACAAAUGUUUCUUGGAAAAGAGCAUUCGCUCAUUUUCACCCUGUCAAUAUGCGCCCUGAUUGGGCCUAUGUAUACUUUACAAAAAGUUUUGGAAUGGUCGGCGGACAAUUGGGCCAGUCAUCCCAUUGGCAAACGUCUUUCCGCUUAUUGCGAUGGCGAUUCUUCUUGGAUGUCAGUAGCCUCCGACAUCAACAGAGAGUACAGAAGAAUAGAAUCAAGAUUAGUUAUAGUUACAAAUAGCGUUACCAAGGUCGUUGCUACUGACAAUUGGAUCAUCAAAGUGACACCUUAUAAAUUGCACGUCGCUCACCAAACGGAUACAACUUUGAUAGUGAAUAGGAGCGACACGCAUGCUAUGUCUCCUGCUACCAGAGGCGAAGUUCAGUAUGUCAAUAUUGAGGUGACGCCAAGAAGGCCGGGUACAGAAAAAUUCAACAUUAGGCUAAAUGCCCUGGACUUCAAGGAUCUGCAGGACCGCGUCUCGCGGCCUAUAACAGUUUUGCCAAAUGUCACGUUCCACAAAACUUUGCUGGAUAGAUUCAUCGAUACAUUCAAGGAGCAGGUUGAACAAAAUUCACGCUAUCGCACUGAACAGGAAUUGGAGCAAUGCGUUGGUUGUAUGCAAGCGACGUCAAACGUAAAAUUGACGAAACAGUGUGGCGAUAUGGGUCUCGAUGGUGGUCCAAAUGCUUGCGUUAUGUGUUACUGUCGUCCUAUGUGGUGUAUAGAUUGUAUGGCAAAAUGGUUCGCCACGAGACAAGACGAAAAUGCCCCAGAAACUUGGCUCUCGUCCAAGUGCAUGUGUCCUGUAUGUCGAGCUAAAUUUUGUAUUCUCGAUGUAUGUUAUUUGGACACGGUGAAUCAAUGACGCGACACCCGCCGGAAAAGAUUUCGAACUCAUCUUAGUCGUAAGCGAAUUGAAAAUGCGAGUGACGCGCGGUCAGUACCUCAAGAAAAGAAGAAAAAUAAUAGAAAAUAUAUUUGUGAUUGUUGAUAAGAAUGAUUUUUGCCGGAAACCUCAAGAAACUGACGUGUUCAGUGUGCGAAAACCAUUUAAAAGUUCGAUAACUGACUGAAACCUGGAAAAAAAAACAAGUGAAAUUUCGUUUGUUUUUCUCUUUAAUUGAUAAAGAUAUGAAUUUCAUUUUAAUACGGAGGAUAAAUGAGAAAUUCCAUGUUUACUAUUUAAGAGAUUAAUCUACAUAUUAAACACUCACUAAACGUACAAUUCUUAAUAUUCGUCGAUUUAUUCAAAUGAUAUUUAACGUAAUUAACAAAACGAUUGAAGGUGGUUAGGGCCAUUAUUGUUCUUUUGUUGAAGUAAUGUAUUGAACGGAGAAAAAAUACCGUCGACAAAAGUUUAAACCCAUGUAUUACAACUGAACGAUUCAAAUGUGGACUGGCAAAUUUUGAUCGAUCGGUGUACUUAAAACAAACGAAGAAAACAAAAGCAUAAUUUAAUUGUCAA